AUGGAGCGGAUACGCGACUUUGUGCAGCGCCUGGGUGCGGGGGGAGGCGUCGGUGGCGGGGCGGAGGAGGUUGCGAUGGCGACGAGGGAGCAGACGGAGGAGAUACUGGAAAACCUUCCGCUGACACGCGAGUUUCUCGCAGAACUCCCCCACACGCGCCUCCUCACCACCGCCGCCCAAAACGACACACUCGCCCACACCGCGGCCACGCUCAUCAGCACACUCAACACCCACCUCACCACGCACCACACCACCACCACCGCGCUCCACAGCCACCUACGCUCCCUAUCCAGUCUCAGCAGCACGCUCACCGCCGCACAGUCGCACGCCGCGGCGCUGCACAGCCAGCUGCUGGAGCUGUCGGCGCUCGUUGCUGCCGCGGAGGAACAGGGCGCGGGCGCGGGAGGGAGGGAGGAGGAGGAGGAGUUUGAGAGGUGGGCGGGGCGGAGGAGGAGGACGUUGGAGAGGAAGAGGAAGGGGUGGGAGGAGGGGUUGGUGGCGUUUGAGAGGGAGAGGGUGGCGAUUGGGGCGGCGGGGGAGGCGGUGGUUGUGAAGAAUACGACGGAUACGGCAGAUGCCGCUACGACGGCCAGCAAGAAACCGAAAAAACCGAAACCGAAACCGAAACCACAGACCAAGACACUACCGGUUGCUAAACCACCACCACCACCACCACCACCACCCUCGAGGCCGAAGCAGCGGAUGGCGGUCAUGGCUGAUGAGGAUAUCGAUGACGAGGAGGACCUUAAGAAGUGGUACUAA